AUGGGCGGUGUAGCUGGGGCGUCUGCACUGCUGGGCGUGGAGAUCUGCGCACCGUUACUGAUGCUGUGCUGGCUUUGCUGUUGGCCCGAUGACGGCAGCUCGGAUAAAAGCUCUGGUAGGCACCCAAAGAAGCCGGUGAUAACAAACGAGUCUGGCCGGCAUUCUGGUGAGCUGUUUGGGAGACGUUUCGGUAGCAGUGCUAUUUCCCUGCACGUUCCUGGUACAUCAGGUUUCAAGAAGCAGCCGCUUGCCGCUCACAGGAGCCACGAGGAGAUACGCAGCCGUCGCAAGUCCCACCACGAGAGCCGGGAGGACCCCACGCGCUACCACUCGGCGCCGAGCGUCAUCGACGAGGUCCUCCACAGGAGGGACUGGGAGCGCUCCGCCAGGGACCUCCGAAUACCGCUGAGGCCCGACGCCCUCAGCGCCAACGCCAGCCCCGAGCACGAACACACCGCCGCGGUAUACAAGAGCGACGAGGAGAUAAUCGGGAGGCCGUGCAAGAAGCACCACACGAACAUAAAGAGGUCGCGGAAAGUCAACCGCGAGGCGACAGAACCCUCAACAAAGGAGUCCACCAGAGAUGACGUUAAGGAUCAAGACGCUACCGAGCUCACGAGCGUCUCCAACUUCUACAUCGGUGAUGCAUCAUGCACGCUCAAUAAGGAGAACAUAGAGACAGAGCGUAGAACGGAAGAGAAGAGAUUCAAAGCUAAGGACGUGAAGCAGUGUAUGAACGAGUCGAUCAAGUGCAGAGACAGGCCGCGGAACAUCUUGGGCCCUUUGACGGAGCUCCAAGUUUCGGGAGGGUUCGAUGAGGAGUUGGACAUUGACAGGUCCGGUGCUGUGCAUCAUUUCGACGAGCCUAGGUCGAGCUACUGCGACACGCCGUCCGUGCCCUAUCCUCCACUGGCUACAGAGUCUUCGGGUCCCGUGGAAAUCGUUCCCCUGAUGGGAGCGACGGAUGUGCGUCGCAGCGCUUUACGGGGGCGACAUGCUAGCGCAGGGGACGUGUUGGCUCCCACACUGCGCCCACACUCCGCAGCGCUCUCCGAGAGCGAUCUGGACUUCGAGCUGGACUGCUGCGACGAGCCACCACCAGCAUACGACCAGCUGCAACUGUUGAGUGUGGCCAAUCGCAAGGAGACAGCAAUU